UACCUCGCUGGCUCUGGGCAAAAUCACCUCCUUACCAACGCCGACCAACAACGAUACGCGCGCCUGCGAUCAAUUCACGCGGCACUUGCUCCUAUUACAGCUGCGAACCAAAUAAUAUAUCCGAAUCUUGAUCAUUGGGCCUAUAAUAUUAAAAAUAAGGCGACCAACAAAAACUACACGCGACAAGUUCUCGACACUCCGCUACCGAAUAGUCACUGCAGCGAGGAAUAUCAUGCGUCAAUAGAUUCACCCAUAGAAGUUGAUUUCGACAUUCAUCCGCACAUAUACUUAGCUCUAUAUCCUUGAACCUUCUUACACCCCAGCUUCUUCCAACUUCUUCCAAACUCGUCGCUGUAGUGCGGAGAAACUUGGAAAGCUGUACAUGCCGUCAUGGUUUCGCCUGAGACAACAACAGUCCGUUCGGAAAAUGGUGCUCCGCGUCGGUUCCUUCACCUACGCGAGACUCUGUCACAACCAGUGGUCGCAGCGUUUUGGGCUGGUGGUGUAGCUGGCGCCGUGUCGCGAACAGUCGUUUCACCUCUAGAACGACUAAAGAUUCUAAUGCAAAUUCAAAGCGCUGGCCGCGAUGCGUAUAAGCUCUCCGUCGGUCAGGCGUUGGGGAAGAUGUGGAAAGAAGAGGGUUGGCGAGGCUUUAUGCGUGGCAAUGGUACAAACUGCAUCCGCAUUGUGCCGUACUCUGCUGUCCAAUUCAGCAGUUACAACUUCUAUAAGAGCGUAAGUAUCGUUUCCCAACUGAUGUUGUCUUCUACUAACACUAGACAGCACUUUUUUGAGCCAAGCCUUGGCUCAGAUCUGAGCCCUCUCUCACGCCUCGUUUGUGGUGGUGCUGCGGGCAUCACAUCAGUAGUUUUAACAUAUCCCCUAGACAUUGUUCGAACACGCCUUUCGAUACAAACGGCGAGUUUCGCAGAACUUAGCCACAAACCUGAGAAACUUCCAGGCAUGUGGCAGACAAUGGUAGAGAUGUAUAAGUCCGAGGGUGGAAUCUCUGCCCUCUAUCGAGGCAUAUUGCCUACAGUGGCCGGUGUUGCCCCUUAUGUUGGAAUGAAUUUCAUGGUAUACGAGUCCGUACGGCAAUACUUGACGCCUGAAGGUGACAAGAAUCCAAGCGCACCAAGAAAGCUUCUGGCAGGUGCAAUUUCUGGCGCAGUCGCGCAGACUUGCACAUAUCCCUUGUAAGUUUAGACAAACGGAUUUAGUACUCCUGACUAACGCUCGGUGUAGUGACGUUUUAAGACGCCGCUUUCAGAUCAAUACUAUGUCUGGUCUCGGUUACCAAUACAAAUCCAUUGCGGAUGCCAUUUUCGUAAUUGUACGCCAAGAAGGCGUGGCAGGUUUAUACAAAGGAAUUGUUCCAAACCUGUUAAAGGUAGCCCCGAGCAUGGCUUCCAGCUGGCUUAGUUUCGAAAUGACACGGGACUUCCUCACUGGACUUAAGCCAGAAGCACAUGAGAUGGCAUAGAAAAAAGGAUCCAUUUUGUACUAUAUUGUAGCUUAGACUGGCUUUCUCUUUUGUCGAUAUCAAAAGUUUUGCAUAGUUAGAAAUCGGUAUCUGCAUCUGUAAUAUACAAUACCUAUAGCCAUGUCCCAUCG